AUGGCUGAGCCAACCAUCCACAGUUUGGAAAUAGACGAUGGUCGAGAUCCUUCAGUCCAAGGAUUCAUCGACAACACCCUCGCAGCCCUCAUGAAUGAACUCUCACGCUCCCCGGCAGAGGCAGACAUUUCCAUCACCCUCAAGCGCAAAGCCAGCCCAAUUGCUUGCAUCAUCAACCCCACCACCGGAGCUUUGGAAGCGACUGUCAUUCUUCGAAUCCUAGCUAUAUUGGACCAAGCUAUUCGAACGGGUCAGCUGAUCUCCAAGAGAGAUAUAUACUAUAUCGACCCGGAAUUCUUCCGCAAGCAGUGUAUCGUGGACCGCAUUGUCGAUGACCUGGCGUACACCAUCGGAGUGAAUAGGACAGCAUUGAAUGUGGAAGCAGCAGCGAAAGGGCUGGUGACGGGAGACUUUCGGUUGAUCCGUGGCUCCCACAUUUUGAUCGAUGCGCAGUCUGUCACCGGGGACAGUUUGAUUCCUCGCAUAGAGGACGGAGACGAGAUCGACAUUUCACGGGUCCGCUGGGUACUGGUCAUUGAAAAAGAGUCUUCCACCCGGCUCGCGCGAGUAAGUUACCACACCAGAGCACUAGCCGGGGAAGGAAUUAUGGUCACGGGUAAAGGCUACCCCGAUUUCAUGACACGAACGUUCCUGCGUGCAAUGUCCGACUCCGCAUCCAACCAGAGGAGACGUCCGCCCCGUUUCUAUGCCCUCACCGAUGGUGAUCCCCACGGUAUGGCCAUCAUGUCGACGUACAAGUACGGCUCGGCGGCACACUUACAUCAAAAUGCUCGGCUCAGUAUACCGAGGCUGCAAUGGCUGGGUCUUCGAGUGUCGGAUAUCAUAGCAGUGCCGGAGGUACUUGGUGACACGGCUCUGCUUUCGUUGACAACGCGAGACCGCAAGAAAAUCGCGGCUAUGCUUCUGAACAGUCCUGUCUGGGCGAGCGAUGGACCGGAGCCAGAAUGGCGUGCUGAAUUGCAGCGGAUGCUGGUUUUGAAUCUGAAGGCCGAGAUUGAGAUCUUGUAUGGGUGCCAAGGGGGUUUGGAAGGGUGGAUUAAUCGAAGGAUGUUUCGGCAGGAGUAA